AGCCCUCAGCCCUUCCAUGGAUCUACCUUUCCCAGCAGAGCAUCUGGGUUUUUCCUGAAGCCUCCAGUCACCUGCUCACCUGCCAGGGCCUCUCUGGGGCAGCCAUGAAGUCCCUUGUCCUAGUCCUUUGCCUUGCUCAGCUCUGGGGCUGCCACUCUGUCCCACUUGGCCUAGGUCUGGGUUAUAAAGAACUAAACUGUGAUGACCCAGAAACAGAGCAAGCGGCCCUGGUGGCUGUGGACUACAUCAACAGCAACCUUCUUCAGGGCUACAAGCACACCCUGAACCAGAUUGACAAAGUGAAGGUGUGGUCUCGGCGGCCCAUGGGAGAGGUGUUUGAGAUUGAAAUAGACACUCUGGAAACCGUCUGCCACGUACUGGACCCCACCCCUUCGGCAAACUGCUCCGUGAGGCAGCUGAGGCAGCAUGCUGUGGAAGGAGACUGUGAUUUCCGAGUGCUGAAACAGAACGGGCAGUUUUCCGUGUUGUCUGCAAAAUGUGAUUCCAGUCCAGAUUCAGCCGAGGAUGUGCGAAAAGUGUGCCCAAGCUGCCCUCUGCUGGCCCCACUUAACGACACCAAGGUGGUGCACGCUGUAGAUGCAGCACUGGCCGCCUUCAACGCUCGUAAUAAUGGCUCCUAUUUUCAGCUUGUGGAAGUUUCCCGGGCUCAACUUGUGCCUCUUCCAGCUUCAACCUAUGUGGAAUUUGCAGUGGCUGCCACUGACUGUGUUGCUCAAGACGUCACAGACCCAGCCGUCUGUAACAUGCUGGCGGAAAAGCAAUAUGGCUUCUGUAAGUCGACACUGACUGAAAAGCUUGGUGGGGAAGAUGUUGCAGUGACCUGCACAGUGUUCCCAACACAGCCUGUGUUACCACAGCCCCAACCAGAUGGCAUCAACAUACCCUCCUCUAUGGUGUCCUCAGCUACACCUGAGUCUCCUCCAGAUGCAGUAGUGGUGGGACCCCUUGUGGUGGCAGCUCCCCAGCGAGUGCACCAGGCACACUACGACCUGCGCCACGCCUUUAUGGGUGUGGCCUCAGUGGAGUCAGCCUCAGGAGAAGCAUUCCACGUGGCAAAAGCACCCGUGGGGAAAGCACCCACAGUGGGGCAGCCUGGUGUUGCUGUUGCUGCUGGUCCAGUGGUCCGCCCUUGCCCCGGGAGAAUCAGGCACUUCAAGAUCUAGAUGAAGGUCAGGGAUGAAAAGGUUUGGCACAGAGAACGUAGUCACCAUUUCAUCCAAGUAUAGUUAGGGGUGGGAACCUUGUCUGCUAUCAAAGCAAGUGCUACAUGUGAUCUAGAUUAAUACCAAAUCUUGAAUCCCAACUUCUCUUCCUUCUUCGGAGGACAGAAGCAGAGGGGGUGAUGGUUAUGUUUGAUGGAAGAUGUAAGGCUGGCAAGCUCAUUGUUUUGAUGCUGUUACCACCAUUGUGUUCUCUGCCUUCUUUGACUUCACAAAAAUAACUGGAACUGUGACUUUGAGAGGUGCUCUUGCCAAGCUUAUAUCUGCUUGUUAAUAAAAGUGUCUGAAGGACCUUCCUUAAUAAAGAAGGUUCUAAGCUGAAA